CUCUCAUUCCACACCUACCUAUACUCUCUCUCUACCACCCUCCCCUCUCUUCCCUUAUAAUAAUAUACUAGGUCCUUUUUUAUGGGUAUGGUUUGGUUCAUAGUUGCUUCUUAGUCCUGCUACACCCCAAACCUACAAUUGGUACCUUUAGAUCUCUUUUCUCAUACUUUUUUUCACCUUCGUUUUUUUUUUUCCCUUUUUUUUUUUUUUUUUUUUGGUACUUCUUUGGUGCUUAGAAGACUAGGACAAUCAAAAGGUUCCCCAAGUUGGAUUAGGUAAAGUUCACUCCUAUUCAUGGUUCUUGAAUUGUGAAAAAAUUAGUUAUUUCCAGUUUAAAUCCCCUUUUUUUGCCAAGAUUUUUGGUCUUGGGUCUUGAAAAUUAGAGUAGAAAACCUGAAUUAACCUAUAUAGUUCACUAAAAGCGAGCCUAACAUAUUCCCUUAAGGAGGCUUGCAUCCUUCGUUUUUGAAGGGAUGAGGAUGAUUGAUUUGGGUGGUGAAAGAGGGGCCAUUCACAUAAUAGACAGGUCCACCACGGUGGAGUGUGGAAAGGAUGUGAGGUGCUGGAGGUCCCUGAGGACCAUAGUCGCGUUCAUAGUCCCUUGUUGUGGGUGCCAGUCCAUGGCCUACACAUCCGAUGACACCGAGUCCAACUUGGGCUCGACCACAGGUUCGACCAUCACGGGCACAUUCUUUGGCUACAGACGAGGUCGGGUGAGCUUCUGCCUGCAGGACAGCUCUCGAGGCCAGCCCCUGCUACUGUUAGAGUUUGCAUUGCCAACGAGCUACCUGGCUCGUGAAAUGCGCCAAGGGCUCCUCAGAAUAACCUUGGAGUGCAACAAGAAUCGGUCGUGUGUAGAUGGUUCGCUGUUCGGGGUGCCGGUAUGGUCCAUGUACUGCAACGGCCGAAGGACCGGCUUUGCCGUCAGACGCCAGGCUACAGAAGCAGACUUUGCGAUACUGAGAUUCAUGAGGUCGGUGUCUGUAGGAGCAGGGGUGUUGCCAUCUGUGGACCUGAAACCCGAGGAGGGUGAGCUCAUGUACCUUAGGGCGAGCUUCGAAAGGGUGGUGGGGUCCCAGGAUUCAGAGUCAUUCCAUAUGAUUGAUCCUGUGGGGUGCUCCGGUCAAGAGCUCAGCAUUUUCAUGCUGAGAUCUUGACACACCAUAAGGAAGGUGAAUUUUAUGAGAUGAUCUUGAAGAGCACGGAGUCUUUGUGCAUUUGGUCUGGUCAUGUACCAUUAUUUCCAAACAAUUAAGGUGUUCUUUGUAUUCACUAGACUUGUAUAUAUUGUUUUGCACUAAGGGUCUUGUCCAACAAUGAAGAAGAAAUAGGCGAUGCACCAAGGGUCUUGUCCAACCAUGACAAUGAAGAAGAAAUAUCUAACUCUCUCGAUAGAUACAGAAAAGGAUUUCUCUCUCUAAAGUGAGAGAAGAGGAGGUGGAAGGUUCAUGGAAUCCAGCUUGCCAUGGGCUGGGUUGUGUGUCCCUAGGAAGAGGGGUCGUUUUCCCUUUGCAUUUUGAUGGCAAAAAGUAUAUGGAGGAUGUGGACAGGCACACCAGCAUCUUCGACCUCAUUUGCCAUUGCCCACUUAGCCAACACGGUGGCCCUCUUUUUUCACAAAGAGCCAAAAUGUUGUUUUCUCUUUCAACCAAAGCUUGUACCUAUGUUUUGACUCGUUGAAUCGACCGGUUCGAUUGGCUCAACCC